UCACGUGCUGGAUGCAUGCAUUGUAAGCCUACUUCGGUAUUAUCAGUUCAUAACGAUGCUGUUUUGUUUCUUUGCCAACGCGAUUUUAGGGGGUUUGGUAUGUUCAAUUUUUUUUCGGUUUCUUUGAUGAUGCGUGGCACAGAGCUCAGUUGUUUUCAUGCGUGAUCAGCAUGGCGAUUGCGAAAAUAUGCAAAAUCCCGUUUGGUUUCACCCACUCCAACUAGCUGACGCCUCUAAAUAAAGUGCACUCUGGAUUUGGAAAAAUGCAUUGUUUGAGUGCCAAUUGUUUGCGCAAAACAACAAUUCCAGUUUAUUUAUAAUGGGCAAAGUUUCUAUUGGUUGGAGUGUUUUGAACGGUAUCACGCACGCGACGAAUGAUCACACUUUCAAAUCAGCGCACGUAUCUUCGGUUGCAUAACAUUACCAAGUGGAUUUACACGGUAAAAGGAGGAAACUUCUAUUCGUGAUGUCCGACGACGAGUCAAACCAGUCCCCAACCACCUUCCAGCGGCUGCGCACUUACCUAGGCGUGCCCCCUGGUACCACCUUUCCCCCCACUCCGCAGCCAUCCGACUCCGAGAGCGAAGAUCACGAUUUUCCUCUAAAGAAGCGCCAUCUGCGCCCUUUCGUCGACACCGCGCCCAUCCAAAGCGUUAAACAACCAGACCUGCAGGCGCCUGCCGUGCAGGACAUCCGGGCAGCAGUGCAGCAGCACCAGAGAACCACGUCAGUUAUAAUGAAGGCCAACAGCGACGGUACUUGUGUGCCCUUGCGACUGCGCCCGGAGCCUUUGAAUGUGGUGAAGGCCAUCAAGUUUAAAAUGGGGGUGAAGAGGAGCUUGGCAGUACUGGCGCCUAAAAGCAGCAGCUCACCGCAGCCGCAAACUUUCCUGAUGGUACCUGCGCGGGUUGUGCUGGUGGCGCCGGAGCAGCGCCGGCGCAUCUACGAGUGUCAGUAUCGCGGAUGUGGCAAGAACUACUUCAAGUCGUCGCAUCUGAAGGCGCACAACCGAACCCAUACAGGGGAAAAACCGUUUGCGUGCCAGUGGCCGGAUUGUGGGCGCAGGUUUUCCAGAUCGGACGAACUAUCCAGACAUCGAAGAACACACACGGGAGAAAAACGGUUUCAAUGCGCGGUGUGCCAGAGGCGAUUUAUGCGCUCGGAUCAUCUGGCCAAGCACGAGAAGAGACAUGCGAAAAGUGGGCUGGGGAAAGUGGAGGUGGUUCCAGGGCUCAGGAGGUUGCGACCUGCACCUGCAGCCAGCUUAUAAAGACUUCGUACCUGCGGGUACUAAUCGACUGAAUCUUUAAACUUUAUAGAACAAUGCGGGAAGUAUACAUUUCAUUUAUUGUUAUCGGUUUUAGACUAAGCCACCUAUUGCUAAUGAGUUUGUAUUUUAUUAGGGUAUAUCGAACUGUGAUCUGUUGUUUAAUAUUUAUUUUUUUUAAGUUUGUAUAAAUAACUACAGUGUAAGCAAAGCGAAAUAGUGCGAGUGAGUAGAAACAUACAGAAGAUUUAUAUUGUGAAAAGUAUAUGUUUUAUUACACAUUAGUCAAAUGAAA